UACUGAAUCAGCAGCACUUGAGGGCAGCUUGCGGUCAUUCACUCCAUCUGCAACAUUUCCUUCUCGUCAUUUAAAAAAUAAAUAUUCACUAUUGCCAGGUGACUAGCUAAAAUUGGGAGUGUUCUUAGUGGGAGUCACGAGAAUGCCAGUCCUUCCAUGUGGUAUUGUUACCUCAAAGAACUCAAGUGUCAAGAGGUAGGCUAAUUUUGCCGAUGCCACAAGAUGGGGCGAGAACAGAGUGAAAUCCCUAUUGUAGAGAGUUGAGCUUUGGAACACACCAUUGGUGGUCAGUCAAUCUUGCACCAUGUUUCCAUAAUGCAUGCUUCUACAUCAGUGUACCACUGGUAACUGGGAUUAUUUCAUAGAUUAUAUAAAACAUAAAUAUACACACAAUGUACACAGACUUUUAAUGUACAUAAAAAUGUUGAUUUAUCCUUUGUUUGUUUUAGAGAGAACAGUAUUUAGUGAAAAGCCAGUGAUUGAACUGGAGACAUGGAUUGAUCGAUAUACAAAGCAGCUCCCGCCUCUCUCGAACUUCAUCUUACCAUCAGGAGGAAAAUGCAGUGCAAGCUUACAUCUGGCACGAGCAAUUUGUCGUAGGGCAGAGAGGAGCAUGUUCCGUGUCGUCCAAGCUGGAGAAGCUGACCAGAAUGCUGCAAGAUACCUCAACAGGCUAAGUGAUUACCUGUUCACAUUGGCAAGGUAUGCUGCUAUGAAAGAAGGGAAAAGGGAGCAAAUUUACAAGAGACCAUAUGCAAACUAGGUCGAUGUCGCCCUAAUGUCCACCUGAAAUGAAGAUGGGUGAUCCCUUUGUUAACUGAUUUAUGAGAGCUAUUUUAGCUCAUAUUUUUAAAUCCUUGUAUUGAUAGCAGUGCUAUCUUCCUUUUGUCUUUUGAAUUUCAGUCAAUUGUUGCUAUACUAGUUACCUGACAUUGCGUUGCUUCUCUUGUAGAAUGAAGUUGGUUUGCUCUUUAACUUCUCAUUGCAGGUGAUGGCAAAAAGUGAUUUUUUUUUUUUUUAAACAGCAUGUAUAUUUUUAAUUGCUUAGUUGUACCUUCAGACACUUGUGGCAUGGUGAUUAUGUCCCUAUCUCUGGGCCUGGGGUCAAGUCCUAUCUGCUUCAGAGUUGCAUUAUAACCUGUCUGAACAGGUCAAUUUAAAAAUACCUGAAAACACUGAGCUGUCUUUGAGCCUGUGCUGCUAGAUGGACAAACCAUUUGAUGGAAAGCCAAGCACAGUUAAUAAUCCUGGACUCAUAUGUAUCAAUGACAUCUUGCACAAAAUGGAUCCAUUCCAAGUGCUAUACUGUAUGCUCUAGGGCUCCCAAUCCUGGCUUUGGAUGAUCUGGACACUCAGCAGAGGAAAGUUCCAAUCUAUUAAUGAAAUAAAUUGACAAUAGCUGUCUUCUCAGAA